AUGUCCAUUGACGACAACAACAGCAUAGCAAGGGCAGCCCAGCCAACUGCGGCGGCGGUCAGCAGCAGUAGCACCGGUAGCCCUGCAGCGCAAGCUCAUCUUCUGCGCAGAUCAAGCGGCAGCGGCGGCAACAACAACAGCAAGACGGUCAUCUCCUCACGCUCCUCCCCCUCGCCGCUCCCUCACGCUCUCUCUUCCUCGUCAUCCAGCUCCUCGCCCCUUCCUUCACCCCGCUCCUUCUCCCCUAUCCACCCCGAGCCAGACAAGCGCGGCAACCUUGAGUACAAGCUACGCAUCCUACCUGUCUCAGCGAACCGGUUCUCGCGGUUGGUCACGCAGCUGAAAUGGCGACUAGCGGAGGGUGGCGGGCUUGCGGUUUAUGAGAUCGGGGUGCUCGAUGAUGGGACCUUGAUUGGGCUGCCAAGGGAUGAGAUGCGUUGCAGCCUGGCGCAAUUGGCGCUCAUGGGAAGAGAGCUGGGGGCAAGCUGUGAGGUGAGGAGAUGCAUCGUGGUGGAGAGGGGUGGCAGUGGGGCUCAGGACGUGGAAGGGGAGGAGACGGCAGUCAGCUCUUCGUCGCUUCCUGCGGCUGACGCAGAGGGGCCAGAGGUCCUUCCCUCGCCGGAUCAUUUGGUGCCAUAUCGGCAUCGUCUGGGCAGCUCGUCAAAAAAUCAGUCGCCUGGCUUGGACAACAUCGUAGGGCUGCGUUCUCUCAACAAUGCUGAGGCGGCCAAUCUGCUGGGCCAUGCAACCGAUGCAACCACGCAGCAUUCGUCCUCGUGGAGAUAUGAAAUCGCCCCGCAUCUCAGCGACUCGGGCAAUGGGGACACCACGGUCGACGCAGAGGAUGAGGAUAGCGGCAGCGAGGUUGCACACGAUGAUGAGGAGGAGCAGGAUGAUGAUGGAUUUGCAUUCUCGCUGAGCCUCAGCGAUGACGACACGACCGCCCCACCAGCGUCGACAUCACCCUCGCUGCCACGGAAGAAUGGACCAGCAGACUCUGCAUCACGCCCUCGACGAACUUCAAAAAGCGUAAGCAACUCGCCUUGGCAGAGAUUCUCAUCGCCUGCAACGACCAAUGUGGCCUCACCAGUGCUUCAGCCAGCAACAACGCCGCGGACAACACCAGCUGCGACUAUUAGCAGCAGCGUGAAUAGUGGUUCUGAGGCGCAAGACGGCGCUUGCUCUUCCUCGCCCACCUCGACUCCUCCUCUGGACGCGCACGGAGACGAGUCACCGUCACCACGAGGUGCGACCUCUCCCUCAUCCUCGCGCGGAGCCUCGCCAUUCUCAACAAGGCGCGAGCCCAAAGCGAUAGCGACCAAGCCUAUCGCUCCGCCAACGAAGUAUGCCUUCACUGAUCUCGCAGGGAUGGACGUAGAGGGGGUGCUCACAUUCGCACUGCCCCCGCCGCCCUCAAAGGAGGAGGCGCCUCGAGAGUCGGGGGCUGUAGCGAGGAGGAGAAGACAGAGGGAGGCGAAGCGGUUAGCGAGGCUGAACAAUAUGAGCAACGGUCAGGCACCGGAGCCAGCGAAUGCGAGCGUACCUCCUGCAGCGAACGACAGUCAAGUGUCGCAUUCACCCUCUCCUCAAUCGCACUCGAUGACCAGCAAGUCGCUUGCGAAAGGCCCCUCCUACUUUCCGCACACCGGCCCCACGCCCUCACCAAGCCCGGUUGCAGGCAGCAGAGCAACGCCUCCCCUCUCGGCACCAGAAGAAGUGCUCCGCCUGUCGCAAGAACGCAAAUCGACCAAACGCUCGCAUCAGCGACGCUCCAAGGGCGGGGACGGCAGCGAUGCUAUACUGAGCGGCGCCAAGCUAGAGCGUCGUGCCCGUCGUGUGGCAGAGCACAAGGCGAAGGAGCGUGAGGGUGAAGGCAUUUUAUUGGCAAUGGACUGCGACCACCUGGAUGAUGCAUUCGACUUCGCUGGGCCCAGCGGCGGGAAGAGCCGUCAAGAGUGGUGGCGCUUCAGCGGCAAGUCACUCGAGGCGGACCUCCCCUUCUUCGAUCCGACCAGGCAGGCCUGGGUGAGGGACGUGGCUGUCUGGCUUACCGUCGAUGAGGUCUUCGAACUGGCCCGCUCGUGGCACCCCGAUGCGGCUGUGAAACUGGGCAGGUCGGGCGAGGGCAAGGAGAUCGGGAGCGAUGCAGAUGAGCAUGCACGUGACGGAGAGGAUGGUCAUGGAGACAACAACGCUGGACCGUCCACCGAGGGCAAGGAGGAAGAGAAAAUCAGCCGCAAGUCGCAAGGACGUCGGCGCCGCAAGGAGAAGAAAAAGGUCGAGGCACAGCUCCGCUUAGCAGCAGAGUCCGCCGCUCUCUCGGGUGGGUAUCAUCCGCCUGCUUCCCAGCCCUCAUCCGACUCCUCCAACUACCCUCCUGGGUACGUAGCUCGCCCCUCCUACCUGCCUCCGCCGACUUCCGCCGUCGCCAUCCCGCCUCUAGGCUCGAAGCCGAGGCAUAGACACAGGCAUCGAGGCCGCAACUCCCUCGCCGGUCCAGACUCUGGUUCCUCGCCCGCUUCCCACCCGCUGGCUCGCAGUCAAACUUACGGCGAAGACGAGGACGAAGACGAGGACAGCUUCAGCGUUGGCCUCACACUGAACAUCGACGAUUAUGACUCGAUGGCUGCGGCGCGCAAGCAUGCUCCUGCUGCUCCUGGCUCGGCAGCAAGCCCGUCGCCCUCCAGCUCGACGACAACUACAGGGACAACUACGGGGAUGAUGGCUCGAGUGAAUGGGGCGGCAGAGGAAAUGACGGGGGGGAGCGGGGGGAGAGACGCAGAGCAACCAGCUCAACUCCGCUUCAUAGUUGAGGCAGUUCUUUCGCUCAAUGCUUUGAGGCGAGGUCGCCACCAGUAG